AUGUCCAAACCGGACCAGUCCAAAUCAGACAAGUCCAAACCAGACAAGUCUAAACCAGACAUGUCCAAACCAGACAAGUCUAAACCAGACAUGUCCAAAUCAGACAAGUCCAAACCAGAGAAGUGCACACCAGACAAGUCUAAACCAGACAUGUCCAAACCGGACCAGUCCAAAUCAGACAAGUCCAAACCAGACAAGUCCAAACCAGACAAGUCUAAACCAGACAUGUCCAAACCGGACCAGUCCAAAUCAGACAAGUCCAAACCAGACAAGUCCAAACCAGACAAGUCUAAACCAGACAUGUCCAAACCGGACCAGUCCAAAUCAGACAAGUCCAAACCAGACAAGUCCACACCAGACAAGUCUAAACCAGACAUGUCCAAACCGGACCAGUCCAAAUCAGACAAGUCCAAACCAGACAAGUCCAAACCAGACAAGUCUAAACCAGACAUGUCCAAACCGGACCAGUCCAAAUCAGACAAGUCCAAACCAGACAAGUCCACACCAGACAAGUCUAAACCAGACAUGUCCAAACCGGACCAGUCCAAAUCAGACAAGUCCAAACCAGACAAGUCCACACCAGACAAGUCUAAACCAGACAUGUCCAAACCGGACCAGUCCAAAUCAGACAAGUCCAAACCAGACAAGUCCAAACCAGACAAGUCUAAACCAGACAUGUCCAAACCGGACCAGUCCAAAUCAGACAAGUCCAAACCAGACAAGUCCACACCAGACAAGUCUAAACCAGACAUGUCCAAACCGGACCAGUCCAAAUCAGACAAGUCCAAACCAGACAAGUCCAAACCAGACAAGUCUAAACCAGACAUGUCCAAACCGGACCAGCCCAAAUCAGACAAGUCCAAACCAGACAAGUCCAAACCAGACAAGUCUAAACCAGACAUGUCCAAACCGGACCAGUCCAAAUCAGACAAGUCCAAACCAGACAUGUCCAAACCAGACAAGUCUAAACCAGACAUGUCCAAAUCAGACAAGUCCAAACCAGACAAGUCCACACCAGACAAGUCUAAACCAGACAUGUCCAAACCGGACCAGUCCAAAUCAGACAAGUCCAAAUCAGACAAGUCCAAACCAGACAAGUCUAAACCAGACAUGUCCAAACCAGACAAGUCUAAACCAGACAUGUCCAAAUCAGACAAGUCCAAACCAGACAAGUCCACACCAGACAAGUCUAAACCAGACAUGUCCAAACCGGACCAGUCCAAAUCAGACAGGUCCAAACCAAACAAGUCCAAACCAGACAAGUCUAAACCAGACAUAACCAGACAUGUCCAAACCGGACCAGUCCAAAUCAGACAAGUCCAAACCAGACAAGUCUAA